AUGGCGGCCUUAUUCAUGAGGGUUCCCCAAGUCGUGGCGCACAUCUACGUGUUUCUGCCAUUCGCACAGACCCUGGUACUGAACUAUAUAUUGGGAGAAGACGAUGAACUGCGGUUGCCUUUCAGAUUGUUAGGCGUAUCGUAUGCUUUUUUGGGCGUAGACUACCUCUUCAUAAUUUUAUGCGCGCAUCUCAGCACGGAGUUCAAGAUGCUUACCAAAGAUUUAAUUCUUAUAAAACCUACUAAAAUGGCGGAUUAUGGCGCCACAUGCAUUGUAUACGACAAUCGGCCUAUACGCAACUUUGUUAAGAUGCAUCAAGUAUAUAUAAGAUUAGCCUCAGACAUGAACGAUGCUACAAAUAAUAUAAUGUUUGUCAAUUUGCUGUGUGCGACAAUUACACUGAGUUUUUUUGGGUUGGCAGUUUUAGCUACAAGCAACAUGAUGGACAAACUCGUCAAUUUGGUUGUUGUUGUGACAGUCAUGUUGCUCACACUCAUUCAGUGUUACUACUGCGAAAAACUAAAGACAGCGAGUGAAGAAAUAUUUUGCGCGGCGUGCGAGAACCCGUGGUAUGAAGGAAAUUUGGAAUAUCAAAAUAUUAUACAUCUGAUUAUGGUGAGAUCACAGAAGCCGUGCUACAUAAAGUCUCUACAUUCUCCAAUAACUCUUCGCACGUUUACAAAAGUAAUGAGCACAACUUGGUCAUAUUUUUCUCUAAUGAACACCGUUUACCAAAAUAAUGAGUAG